AUGAUACGCCUCCCCUUACAAUCUACUUCUAUUGUGCCAUUGGAUAAUAUUGAGAACUACUCUCUGGUACAAAAUACACAGAUCGAAGUAAUUGACCUCCAUGACAUGACUACAUGUGAUGUGUCCAAUGAAGACGCAAACACGAUUUGUUAUAGUAUUAUACCAGAAAAUAAUGAUGAAGGUGUGGCUGUCCUUGCUUCACAGUUGCAAGAAAAAAAUAAUGACGACUGUAAUAUUGAGAACUGGGAUAUAAUAUCUAAUUUCAGUAACGAAUUAGACUGCCCUAAAUUAGUGGCUUAUUCAUCAACCUCGGAUGAUGACAGCGUAACUUCCUUACCAACUAAAAGUAGGUCAAGAAAAAGACGUUCGCAAGUUAACAAAAGUAAUUGGUUUGCAGAAAAAAAUAAAAAAUUACGUGAACAUGGCGCACAAUAUUAUGGCAAAAUUAAAAAAGAUUCCAAAUGGGUCUAUGAAACUGUAAAAGAACCAAAGCGUAUGAAAAAUAGAUGCAAAUGUAACAACAAAACAGGUAAUAUUAAGUGUGCUACUGUUACUGAUGAACAAAGGAUAAUAAUAUUUAAUAACUUUUGGAAAGACUAUACAUGGGGAGAGAAAAAAGUAUUUGUCAAUGACACUGUCCAGGCCAUUCCAACUAAACGUCCAAGGGAUCGAAAACAGUCAGAUAAAUCUCGAAGAACACAGUCAUUCAAAUAUAACUUAAAAACACCUCAUGAUGAUUAUAUUAGAGUAUGCAAAACUAUGUAUUUAAACACGUUGGCAAUAGGACGAAUGACAAUAAUAGCCUGGAAAGAUAAAAUGAAAUAUAAUUGCACUCCUAAUGAACUUAGAGCUACUAAAGAUAGAGCAGAUCCUUUUGCAGACAGACAAAAGUCAAUGAACGAAUUCUUCGACUCUCUGCCGACGAUGGAGUCCCAUUAUUGUCGAGCCUCAUCGUCAAGACAGUAUCUACAGCCUGAUUGGAAAACUAAAAUGGAUUUGUAUAAGUUUUACGUGUCUGAGUGGUGUAAAUCACAUGCAACAGAACCGCUAUCAAGAACUUCUUUCUUUGAGGUUCUGGAGUCUAGAAAUAUUUCACUGUUUCGUCCAAAAAAGGAUGAAUGUGAAACAUGCACAAGAUAUAAGUCUGGCACAACUGAAGAAAAUGAUUUCCAGUUACAUAUAUUGAAAAAAGAAGAAGCUAGAAAAGAAAAGCAGGCUGAUAAAGAACAAAAUCAGUUUGUAUUUACAGUAGAUCUCCAAGCAGUUUUGAUGGCACCUCAGUCUAAUGUCAGCACAUUAUACUACAAAACCAAGCUACAAGUACAUAAUCUGUGCUUUUACGACAACAUCACUAAAGACGGCUAUUGUUUUGUGUGGAACGAAUCGGAAGGGGGGCUAAGUGCAGAUGAGUUUGCAUUUAUUUGGACGUAUUUUAUUGAAAAAAAGAUUCUCUCAAAAGUUGAAAACAAAACGGAUUUACGUGUUAUUAUUUAUUCUGAUGGCUGUGGUUACCAAAAUCGCAAUGUAACUUUAUCAAACGCUCUUCUAAAUUUGGCAGUUAAAAACCAAAUAACCAUUGAACAAAAAUAUUUAGAAGUCGGACAUACGCAGAUGGAGGUGGAUGCUAUGCAUUCCUCAAUAGAACGAAGGAUGCGUAAUAGGAUUGUUAACGUACCCGCAGACUACAUUGAAAUUAUUAAGACCGCCCGCAACAGUCCAUUUUAUGUUAAAUAUUUGGAACACGGAUUUUUUAAAGCUUUUAAUAAUAUAACAAGUAAUAAAAGUAUUCGCCCAGGCCGUACAGCGGGAGACCCUAAGGUCACCGAUAUACGUGCUCUGAUGUAUUCUCCAUCGGGGAAUAUCUCGUACAAACUUCGGUUCAGUAACCCAUGGACACUGCUACCCCAGAGAAAGGGAAUUCUUUCAGCAAUAGGCUUUGACGAAAUGCAAAAUUUACACCAAGGUAGACUCAAAAUUAAAGCUAAAAAAUACAACGACCUACAGCAAAUUAAAGAAGUCCUGCCAGCAGAUUUUCGAGAAUUUUAUAAUAAUUUACCGCAUGACUGA